CCAGAAGACACCAUUCGCAUUUGUGCAACGGAUCUGGCAAGAGUUACACCGCGGUUUCAGUUCUUAAAUAAGAGUUUUGGCUGUCUUUUCAAAUUGUAAAACUUUCAUUGACUUCGUUUGUCAAUAGAAAGCUCAAUUGUUUCAUAGAAUACAUUUGUUAUAUAAUGGAUAUAGAUUACAGAAAGUUUGCGAAAAUUCUCGCUACGCUGGAUAUGUACCUUUCGGUUGCUGUGUUUAUGAUAUGGGUGUUCCAACCAUCAGACGACAUACGAUUAGGGAAAUAUGCUAUAUUUGUUGGAAUUGAUGUUGACAUAUUUUAUACAAAUAAUUACAAUCAUACCGAUAAACAUGAUGUAGAAAACAGCUCUCGUGAGUUCUUUGUAACUCUAACCUCCAUGUUUGCAAUAUCAGAGGCUGUGUGCUCUGCAUUCCUCCUAUGGGGGUUCAUAAAAAAUGUGGUUGGAUAUACUGACCCAUGGAUGUCAUUCAAGUUUUCCAGUUUUUUGCUGCAGAUUGGUUGCUUAACAUAUUACUUUGUGGUUAAUGAAAUCUGGAGUCCAAGUAUUGUCAUACCAACAUCUUUAAGCAUAGUAUAUAGCUGCAUUGCAUUACAAAUUGUGGCAAAAGCCGUGUAUCAACUGGAGGAGCACAGGUCAUCAGAUACUGAUGAGAAAUACAGUUUCUGUGAGACAGUCUGCAGGAGUUUCUAUACAAGGAUCAGCAGAGCUCAAGAAGAAACCAUCAGUGCCCAGAGGGCUGAAGAGGGACCCAUCAGUGCCCAGACGGAUGAAGAGGGGCCCAUCAGUGCCCAGAGGGCUGAAGAGGGACCCAUCAGUGCCCAGACAGAUGAAGAGGGGCCCAUCAGUGCCCAGAGGGAUGAAGAGGGACUCGUCAGUGCCCAGAGGGAUGAAGAGGAACCCGUCAGUGCCCAGAGGGAUGAAGAGGAGCCCUUCAGUGCUCAGAAGCCUAAAGAGGGAUCAGACAGUGCCAAUACCACUGAUUAGAAAAACACUAGUAUGCAGAGUACUGAAGAGGGAUUUGAAACUGUUGAAAAGUCUGGAUUAAGAGCCAUUUUUUCUAGUCAAGAUAAAGAAGACUUAUACACCUUAGCAUGUACAUAAUUAAUAUCUUUGUUUCUGUAGUUGCAGCUUUUGGCUCAUUUCUUGCAACAUACGGAAAUGCGUUUUCUCUUUUUCAAAAAUAUUUGAAUUAUGCAAAAUAUAUUAUAAUAUUUCCUUUUCUAAGAUUUGUUAUAUAAAUGUAAGUAUUUCAGCUUUUAUUUUGUCAUUUUAAUCUAUUGUAAUAAAACUGAUGUGAAAGAAAAGUUGUUUGGUACACAAUCAUUAACAGUGAGAAGUUAACAGCUGG